AUCCCGUGGCGGCCGCUCCUCCGCAUAUGCGAUGGAUGCUACGACCAUCCUCUUUCUCAAUUCUCAACCUCUUCGGGAUAGCGGGGAGGAAAAGAAAAAAAAGGAAAAAGAAAAAGAAGCAGCUCUAGAAUCUACGCGACCCUCCCCAUCAAUGGCGAAGGAUCCGGUGAGCCGGUGAGAGUUCGAUCAUGGCGUCGUCGUCGUCGUCUUCCUUCGCCCUCCUCCUCCUCCUCGAUCUCGUCCCCCGCCGCAGCGACCUCGCGGCGAACUCUCUGCUCUCGCUCGCCCCCUCCCCUUCUCCCGCGAAGCCGCGGCUUCUUUGCCGAUGGGGGAGGAGGAGGAGCGCGGGAAGGAGAGGAGGGGGGGUUCAGAUUCGUUGCCCUAGUUUCGGAGCUCCUCCGAGGGCGACGGGGGAGGGGAAGGGGCUCGCGCAAGAGGAGGAGGAGGCGGUGGUGGUGGGAGAGGUCGAUCAAUCGGGGGGUUUUGCGGCGGCGGCGAAUGAGGGGAAUGGUGCGGCCGCACAGAGCUUUCGGAAUGGGCAUUUGCAGCAGCAGCAGCAGCAGCAGAGGAGCUCGGUGUACUCAGAUUCGCUUUCUCUGGGAAUCAGAGAACCCAUCUAUGAGGUGAUUGAAGUGAAGUCAGAUGGCACAAUGUCUACAAAGGAGAUUAAUAGGAGGCAGCUAUUGAAGUCAAGUGGCCUUCGCCUUCGAGAUAUCAGGAGUGUUGACCCAUCAUUAUGGUUCAUGAAUUCAAUGCCUUCUCUACUGGUCCGUGAGCAAGCUAUAUUACUAAAUCUUGGUACAUUACGAGCAAUCGCUAUGCAUGAGUGUGUUCUCAUAUUUGAUUACAACAGCAAAGGUGGGAAAGCAUUUUUGAGGUCACUUUUGCCUCGUUUAAAUCCUAAAAACAUCAAUGGAGGGCCUGCCAUGCCUUUUGAACUCGAGGUUGUUGAAGCUGCAUUAGUUUCUAGAAUACAACGAUUGGAACAAAGAUUAAUGGACGUUGAACCUCGUGUAGCUGCAUUACUAGAAGUUCUGCCCAAUCGAUUGACAGCUGAUGUGCUGGAGCAGCUUCGUCUUAGUAAACAGACACUGGUUGAGCUGGGAUCACGGGCAGGCGCUCUCAAACAAAUGCUGCUUGAUAUUUUAGAGGAUCCCGUUGUUAUUCGUCGGAUGUGUGUAAUGGGCCGAAAUUGUACUGUUCGUAGAGACAACAACGACAUGGAGUGUUCAGUUCCCUUAGAAAAGCAGAUCGCUGAAGAAGAAGAGGAAGAGAUUGAAAUGCUCCUAGAGAAUUAUUUGCAAAGAUGUGAAUCUUGCCAUGGCCAAGCAGAAAGACUUCUUGAUUCUGCAAGGGAAAUGGAAGACUCGAUUGCAGUUAAUUUAAGCUCUCGCCGACUAGAGGUAAGUAGAGUAGAGCUGCUGCUUCAGGUUGGGACAUUUUGUGUUGCUGUUGGGGCUUUAGUUGCAGGGAUAUUCGGGAUGAACCUCAAAUCCUACCUUGAGGAACAUGUGUGCGCAUUUUGGCUGACAACAGCGGGAAUAAUAAUCGGUGCAGUUGCCGCAUUUUUUCUCAUGUAUUCGUAUUUCAAGAGAAGCACACAACCAGCUGCCCCGGGAAAUAAGGCGUACCAGAGAUGCAGUCGGUGAAGCUUUGCACCAUCAAUGAACAAAAGAGGCAGGCUGGCCGCUGCAAUUCCGACAGCAUAGAUUCGUUUAAUGAUGAGUUGAUUAUUAGAUAGAUUCUAGAGAUGCUAAAAUAUUGAACAACCCAAAAGUAUUCUACAAAAGCCCAAUUUGCAGCUGAAUUUCUUCUUGUUGAUUGAUAAUGUGACUUCGAGUUGAUCGGUAGGAGAUCCAACAUGAUUGAAUUGGUUACAUUUCGAUAGGUAGGUUAGACAUAUAAGUUAAAAGCCCAAAUCUUGUAAGUUGUUGGUGUACUUGAACUUGUAAGCAGUGACAAAUAGAGUAAGAAAACUGCAACUCAGUAUUUGACUAAA